GAGCGCAGCUCCGCCUCUGUGGAAACACGUCCUGCCCAAAGUUUGGACCGAACAGGAGGAAACUUUUCUCUCCCUCUCAGGAGACAGUGAGCGGUGGAGAUUUCUCCUGCAGCAAAAACCAUGAAGUUCUCCUGAAACGAAGCUGACAGAAGCCUGAACGUCUCCGGACGCACAGGAGAGGAAACUUUCAGCGCUUUUUUUUAGUUAGUUUUUUUUGCUGUUGUGGGUGACUUUUGUGUGUGGAUGUGGGGGGGUGAGUGAGUUGGGGGGGCCGGACGACAGAUUCCAGUGUGGAGGACCAGAUAUGAGUUUCGUUACAUUUACAAAUAUGCCAACUGGAGUCAGCGGGAGAACGCUGCGUUUUGCUGCUGAUUUUAACAGCUAACGCACUUUCCCAACAUAAAGUUCCCACUUUAAAAAAAAAAAAAAAUGGCUCCAGGCAACUUUUACUGAGUGGCGUCGAGAUUUCCUGCUGCGCGUCAACAGUUCGGGGUUUGGCUUUAAAGAAAAGUUUCUGAACAUUUUAACACUUUUUAAAAAAAGUUCACUGCUUCUUGUUCAGCUUUGAGAAAGAAAAAAUGGAUCCGAGCCAGCACAACCCUCCUGCCGGACACCAGAUCGUCCACGUACGGGGAGACUCCGAAACGGACCUGGAGACGCUUUUUAACAUCGUGAUGAACCCGAACAGCCCGAAUAUCCCCCACUGUGUCCCCAUGAGGCAGAGGAAGCUGCCGGACUCCUUCUUCAACCCCCCAGAGCCCAAGUCCCACUCCAGACAAGCCAGCACGGAUGCUGGGAGUGGCGCGGUGCUCACCCCCCACCACGUCCGUGCCCACUCCUCCCCAGCCUCGCUGCAGCUGGGGGCUGUGUCCGGGGGCUCCCUGUCAGGGAUGGCCUCAGCCGGCGUCUCUCCUCAACACCUCCGCCAGUCUUCGUACGAGAUCCCCGACGACGUGCCCCUGCCCGCAGGGUGGGAGAUGGCCAAGACUUCCUCUGGCCAGAGAUACUUUCUCAACCACAUUGAUAAAACCACCACUUGGCAGGAUCCUCGCAAACCUUUGCUCCAGAUGAACCAGGCAGCUCCUCCCCCGUCGGUGCCAGUCCAGCAACAGAACCCGAUGAACCCAGCCAGUGGAACUCUUCCUGAUGGUUGGGAACAAGCCAUUACACCAGAUGGCGAAAUUUACUACAUCAACCACAAGAACAAAACUACAUCCUGGCUAGACCCACGACUCGAGCCACGCUAUGCUCUGAACCAACAGCGGAUCACGCAGAGCGCUCCGGUGAAGCAGGGAGGCCAGCUGCCUUCCAGCCCUCACGGCGGAGUCAUGGGAGGAAACAACCAGUUGAGGCUGCAGCAGAUCGAGAAGGAGAGACUCCGACUGAAGCAACACGAGGCGCUUCGGCAGAGACCGCAGGAACUUGCUUUGAGGAACCAGCUUCCCACCAGUAUGGAUCAAGACGGCGGCACAAACCCCGUAUCCUCCCCCUUGGCCCAAGACGCUCGGACCAUGACCGCUAACAGCUCUGACCCAUUCCUCAACAGCGGGACCUACCACUCCAGGGAUGAGAGCACCGACAGUGGAUUGAGUAUGAGCAGCUACAGUGUUCCUCGCACUCCAGAUGACUUCCUGAACAGUGUGGAUGAAAUGGAUACAGGGGACCAACUUCCACCCUCCAUGGCGACGCAGCCCAGCCGUUUCCCUGACUACCUGGAUGCCAUCCCAGGAACAGACGUGGACCUGGGCACCCUGGAGGGCGAGAGCAUGGCGGUGGAAGGCGAGGAGCUGAUGCCCAGCCUGCAGGAGCCCCUGAGCUCCGACAUCCUCAGCGACAUGGAGUCUGUGCUCGCCGCCACCAAGAUCGACAAGGAGAGCUUCCUCACGUGGUUAUAGAGGGGCGGAGCUUCCUCACGUGGUUGUAGAGGGGCGGGAGCGCGGCGCGGCGUACUCCCCUUUGGCUCUGAACUUCUGUCUCUGCCCUCUGGACUUCAGCCUGCUCUCAUCUGUGAAGGAUUUGCUUUUUGACCAGACAUUUCAGCGGAGCCUCUCUGAACUUCUGUGCCUCUCAGCGUGGAAGGCUAACCUCUUCGCAGGCAGUAUUGUUCUCUUCUUUUCUCUGGUGUUUUCUUUUUUUUUUUUUUUUUUUUUUUUUUUUUUUUUUUGUCUCUUAAUUUUGUCUGUGUCUUCAAGGCUGGCCUAUGAACAGACAAUUAUGCAAGGGCCCCUAAACUGUUCGCAGGCCUUGUCGGUGAAUCUAGGGCUUCUUUUACCCAGAGCACAGCUGACCUGGGCAGGUGUUCCUCCUCCGCAAAGACUACCGUUAUUAUUGCUCGUCACCCGGAAUCAUUGGAGCCUGUUUGUCUCGCAGUAUAGCGCGAAGCAGCACUACAUAACUGUGUUUACUGCAUUUAGUUUUAUAGCUUUAUAUAUGGCCUCAAAUUUCUUUAAAAAAACACCUGAAUAACCAAAAAUGAUGUAUUAGGAGUAAAACGAACAAUACUGAUUUGGAGUGAAGGUAACACGAGGCUUAAUUUGGAGAAGUUGGCUUUGCUUUGGGGGGGUGGGGGGUGGGGGUUCGAACCUGGGGUUGACUACAUUGCUGCUUGGCUGUGCCAGCUAGUCUAAAUUAAACCUUUUGAUAGAUCAAGUGCCUUCAGAUGUAUUAUUUUUGACGCGAGCGACACAAAUAUCUACCCAGUUUUCUAUAAAGCGACACUAAGCAUCGGGCUGUGUUAAUGAAUAUAAGCCGCAUGUUCUUUUUAAUGUUUAAUAAUCAAAAACUAUGUAUUUUUUUUAAAGCGUAAGGUGAUUUGGGGAUUUUUUUUAUAACCUCUAGCUUCCUUGUAUCUCAUUCUUAUCAGGGCCUAACCCACACUUCACUUGUUAUCUUUUUAGUGUUUUAUUUUUAGCUUGUUACACGUUUAACUAGUUACACGUGAUAGAUUAGAUGGAAUAGCCUUUAUUUUGUUUUUAGAAGAUGAAUUGAAACUUUUUUUUAACUGGUAUCGCAACACAUCGCUUCAAGACUCACAAUACAUAAUGUUCUGGCAUCUUGUUUUUAUGAGUAUAAACAUUUUAAAUGAUUUUUCUUAUUGUUGCUUUACUAUAUAUACUUAUUAGUGUUAUUGUAUUUUUUAAAUCACAAUCAGCUUUUAACAUUAACCAAAACAAAACCAUGAAAAAAAACAAAAGCAGGCAGACACCGUAGCUCAGAUCAGUUGAAGCAUGUGACAGUAUAGAGGAAUUGGACCUUCCUGCAGAGGGCGCUGAACCCCAGUGUGAUGCUGUGUUGAGUGUUUUUUAAAAGGAAAAAAAAAAGGUUUUUUUUCGACUGCAGCUCAGAAAGCUUAAAGCAUGUUUUGGAGUCACGUUGAGGGUAAAGUAGAGGUUGAUGACUUGUUUUUUUUUUUUUAUGGAAUGCAUCAAAAACACAAUCAAAUAUUUCCGUCAGGAAUUGUCACGACAAAUUCCCCAAAAAAAUGUAUUUGAACUUUUUUUUUUAACGUUGCUUCCACCUUCAGAGUCGAGACGGCGCCUGAUUCUUUUUGUAAACCAGCCUCUAUGAAUUGACUGUAUAAGCUAAUGAGAUGAUUUACGUCUGUUUGAGUGUUAAUGACAUCUGACUAGUUCUAGCUAAGAGAUUUCUUCUCUUUUUUUUUUUUUUACAUGGUUGUUUUGAAUGACUAACCCUGAGAUUUUUGAAGAUGAGCUUUCCGAACAGAGAAGCAGGUGAUCCUUGAACAGCACUUGCAUGUUUACAUACUUUAAGAGACUCCUACGGCCGCAGUGGAGACAAUACACUGACAACCCUCCUAAUCGUUUUAUGUUUACAAGAUAACUCCCAUCUUUGCAGUAACCUUUGAGUAAUCAGCCUGCUGUGCCGUUGCCCUUGGUCUGACGCCUCGCAGGACGUCUCACCGGUUCUGGUGCCGGCCGAGAGUAAAGUAGCAUCAACUCAAUGGAACACAAAACAUUUAACUUAGAUUUAGAGGACAUGAACUUGUUUUUUUCUAUUAUUACUAUUAUUCUUUGUGAGAAACUUCAUGUUUAGGGCUGAUUUUUACUGAUCAAACCGUGUGUAAAUGCAGUGGUUCUCAACUGGUUUGGCUUCGGGACCAGUCCCCUCCCCCCACCAUCACAAGUCACGACCCGAAUCGAAGAAUAUAUCUUCUCAAAUGCAUUGAAUGAGAAGAUGGUGCAGUUUGAACCUGACAGUAAAACAGAAUAUUACAGUAUGUCAACACACACGUAAAAAAAAACGAUUAAAAGUAAACCAAAAUGAGCAGCAAGUGGCUAAUUGGGAAAUAUUCUGUUUUACAUCCAAUUAGUCGCAUUUUAAUUUUAAAGAAAAACUUUUUUUCUAACAAACUCCACAAUGCUGACAAACAUGAAAUCAAAAAAUAACGUAAAGUACCUUUUUAAAAAAGUAAAAAAAAAAAAAGUUGUUCUUCGCCCAGUCAAAGGCCCACAAACCAUCAGUUGAGAACCAUUGUGGUUCUGGGUUUUAAAGCUAGAUGAACAGUGUUUGUGAGAACAAUGAUUGGUACACCGCAGUGCUCGCAUUGCACGGCUACAGUUUUGUUUUGAAUACCAUAAAGCAUUUUUUUUGUCACAAGUCAGUUUUGUAUCGUUAGUGUGCAAACCGUCGGAGCGUUAGCCGUUGACUCGUCGUAGCAUUAGAACUAAUCACAAGUUAAAGGAUUUUUGUAUUUAGAGAUUUCUAAAUGCACAUAAAAUGAAUUUAUACUCCGCAUUGACUGUUCAUUUUUGAUAGAUAUGUGCAUGUGUUUUAGAACAAAAGAAAAAAAAAUCUGUUACAAUAUACAUUUCUUCAUAUGAUACUUUGAAAUCGGCCUGAAAUAAAGUAUAUACUUUGUGGUAAUUUUA